AAGACGACUACUGUCUACCGUCUUCCGGAAGACACGAGGGAAACGUUGGCGGAGUGGGCAGUUGCUUCAUUUAUUUUUUCGCGCCGAUUUUGUUUGACUCGACGGGGCGGCCUUCGUCUCGGGACGUCGCGAAGCGAGGAAGCGGGCACCUUCUUGGAGCCAUGGCGACGGGCACCAGCGGCUUCUCGUUCGGCGGAGCCGCCUCCACCACCGGCUUCGCUUUUGGCGCCACUGGCGGGGGUGGCACCACGACGGCUCCUGCAGGCUUCAACUUCGGAGGGCCAGCCACCACAGGCGCUGCUACUACCUCUGUUGCGCCCACCGCCUCACUCUUUGGCACCACGGGCACCUUGGGGCUGGGCAGGCCAGCAGGUUCUGCCACUUUGUUUGCCAUGCCGAUGACAAGCAGUAGCUCCAUGGGGGGUCUUUCCCAGGGCACCUUCACUGCCACCACCAGCGCUCCCACAACAGGCUUACUGGGAGCUAGCGGAGGACUCUCAUUAAACCUUGGAGGAACGACAGCUGCCACCACAGCGGCCGCUGGUGGCUUGAGGCUCGGAGGAAACAUGUUCUCUUCAGCGGUGGGAGGCUCCCUAUUUGCAGGGACCAGCACAGCAAGCACUGGCACAGGCCUGAACUUGGGAGGCACAGCCGCUGGCCAGGGAAUGCUCGGCCUCGGGGGCGGCGGUGCAACCAUGGGGCUCGGAGGGACGGGCUUGGGGCUCGGAGGAACAGCAACUGGGCUCGGAGGAACAGCAACUGGGCUUGGAGGAACAGCUACGGGGCUUGGUGGGAUUGGCACGGGCCUUGGAGGAGUGGGCUCCGGGCUGGUAGGUGUGACCGGGACAGGACUUGGUGGGAUCGGCUCUGGGCUUGGUGGGAUCGGCGCGGGACUCGGGGGUAUGGGCACGGCGCUUGGUGGAAUGGCUGCUGCCGGUACCAACGUACCGGUCAGCAAGGGGCUCGGAGGCGUGGAUUUCACCAGCUCCUCUGACAAAAAAGACGACAGACUGUCUGCUGGCGGGGGCCCAGGGGACAGCAAGACACUGAAGUCCCAGGUUCUGCCACCUGAGAUCUGCAAAGACGUUGAAAAUUUCCAGAAGUUCGUUAAGGAUCAGCGACAGGUGCAGGAGGAGAUCGGCCGCAGCUCCUCCAAGGUGAUGCUGCGGGUGCAGGAGGAGACCAAGGCUCUGCGGCAGAUGCUGUCGCUUGUGGCUGCUGGGCUCCAGCGCAGCACGCUUGCGGUCGACAAGCUGAGAGCAGAGGCUGCCCAGGAGCUGAAGAACGUGGAGAUAGCGGUGCGGACGCGAGAGACGCCAGAUGGCUUACAGCACGAGAACACGGCGCCCACCGAGUAUUUCCGCCGUUUGGCCGAGCAGUUCGAGGUGCAGAUGCAGCUGUACAGGCGGCAGAUCGAGGAAAUGGAGAACCACAUCACCUCCCAGGCCACCAGCGCGCACAUGACACCACAAGACUUGUCGUUGGCCAUGCAGAGGUUGUACGAGACUUUCAUCGCGCUCGCCGCGCACUUGCAGACCGUUCACGAGACUGUCAAGAGGCAAAAGGAGCAGUACCUGAGCUUCCGCAAGACGUACCACGGGGACGACACGGACGUGUUUGAGGCCCACCGCACGGCCAGCAAGCGCGUGCGCGACGGCCUCGUGCCUGGGCCGGGCCUCACCACGGGCCCCGCGCCCUUCGGCAGCCUCCCCAACGCCGCCGCCGUCGCCAUGGCAGCCACACUCACGCAGCAGCAGCAACAGCAGCAGCACCAGCACCUGGGCACAGCGGCAGCGGCGGCAGCAGCAGGUUUCUACAGGUCCCAGGGCUCGCUAGGUCUGGGCAUAGCUCCCUCGCUCGGUACUGGCCUCUCAGGGGGCCUCGCCUCAUCCCUGGGAGGCUCUACGUUUGGAGGGGGCUCGGGUUUCUCCUCUGGCUCCUCCUUCAACUCGGGCUUCAGCUUUGGCGCUGCCAACAAGCCGUCCGGCAGUCUGAGCGCAGGCUUUGCUGGCACAGCAGGAGGGAGUUCCACCUCCGGGUUCAGCUUCAGCAACCCGGGACUCAACCCAUCAGCUGGGCUCACCUUCGGCGUCUCGUCCACGCCUGGCCUGGGUCUGGCCAACGUCUCCCAGCCGCUGCAGCUCAAGAAGCCACCACCGGGGAACAAGCGCGGGAAGAAGUGAAACGACGGGGGCCGGCGGUUCUGUUUGUGGAGCCCAUCGACAGCGGGUGGGCAGAGCGACCGGGGUGAAAUGGAAGAAGCGAAGGGGGUGAUGAGAAAGGGGUUUGGGACUGGCAAAUGGUGCAGUGACAUAACAACUUUUACAUUGUCCCGAAUUCACAAUGUUAAGUUAAAAAGUGUCUCCCUGAUCAAGCAAGCGAGCAAGCAUUGGGGGCCUGGUGACCCUGACCCGAUGGAGAAAAUUCAGCGUUGCCAUUGUGGGGGACCGGUCCCUCCAUAGGACAACUGCUGUGGACAUCGAGGUACUUGUUUUUUUCCACCUUUUGGGGAUGGCGUGCCAAGUCAACCUCUCAUUGGGGUUCGAAUUGAUGUUCUUCUGGUUGGGGCAGAUGCUCUUCUGGUUGGGGCAGAUGCUCUGACCACAGCGCCACCCGGCCGGAUUGACCCUUGCCAACGACACAAAAGAAAAUUGACCACGUACUAUUUGCUGAAGCACAACUUUCCACUUGUCUGGUUUUUAUGAUGGGGGAAUAAGAGCUGAAAUGUAUUCUGUAAAAAGCCCAAAGUGCCCUUCAUCAAUCGUAAGCAUACUUUUAAUCCCACUUGCCCCAAGUCACACAACACUCAUUACCUCGUAUGUAAAAUAGAGAAACCCUAAAGUUUCUGUUCAACUCGCUGAGUUCCAGAGUUGGGAAUUGUAGCAUUUCAUUGUAUGAAAAACUAAACAUUACCAUAGCUUACUUCUUUUUUUCUCCCCCUCAAUUUUAACUUGGCACUAAGCUAUACAUUUUGCGACCCAGACACAGGGUGGGAAGAUGAAUUGCUGGGGAGGGGUGGGAUGUGAUUGGUGCAUUGGGGUUGGAGGGUUGUUGAUUGAGUGGAGCGCAGAUGUUGAAUUCCCACAACUGUUGAUGAGAAGCUGGCCCGGAAAAGUUGCUAGGCUCACAUUCCCAUGGCAGUCUUGGCCGAGGUGAAGUCAGUCCCUACCACACCGUUUGGCUCUCAUUUUGAAAAGUAAAGCUUUACUCGGCUUCCCAGUUCAGUCUCCAGAGUGUGUUGUUGCCAUCGUGCCGUGAGAGGGAGAAGCCGUGAGGAACCCCCCCGGGGGGGGGGGGGGGCGGGGGAGACAUCGGUGUCAGAAAACCGCCGGUAAACGUACCUUUUUUUAAAACUUAAUGUUUUAUAUACAAAUAAUAGAAAAUUACAAAAAAUACUUUUGGUUUGGAACACUGUACCUUAAAGCAAGUGUACAUUAAACUGUUAAGCAAGCGUACAUUAAACUGUUAAGCAAUGUUAUAAUAGUAUCCCUCUGGCCACAGAGAGAAAGGGAGGUAAGGAAGAGGCAGAGAGGAUGUACUGGGUAAUACAACGCCGCCCGGCUAUGGAAGCAUUGUACAAUAAUCUAUGCCUGUUGCAGAAACAGCCCGGCAUGGCUUUGGGUUAUGUUGCACCAUUGGUCUUGGAAACAUAGCACACAUUGUGUAGGGGUAGAGCACAGGGCAGCAGGUGGAAGGUAUGGUUAGAUGACUAGAAUGGGGGAAGUCAGGAGGGGAAAAGAGAAACUAAAGCCAUCUCUUAUUUUACCAGGUUCGGCCUGCUGAGCUAUAUUGUAGCUCUUUCUCACAAGCGACCUGACCACAAAUGACAGCCCGACCGAGUGGCUUAUCACGUGGAAAUUUAGAGCUGCCAAAUACUGCAAACGCAUAUUUCCACAUGUGGAGGGGAAAAACCGGACGACCUGGAUAAAAAUCCACGCAACCACGGGGACAACGUGCAAACUCCAAAUAUAUAGCAGGCGUUGGGAUCGAACUCAGGACCUCCUGUAUAUUCCGUGUGGUAGUAAAUAUCUCGCCACCGUGGAACCCACCAGGCAAGUGGCUGUCACUGGAAUGCUUAUCAGCAGCACGAAAUGAGACCCGUUGAUGAUUUCCAGGUGGAUAUAUUUUUAACGAUAGUUGUGUGUGUGUGUACGCGUGUGGUGUUGUUCUGGGAGUAGUGGAAUGUGAAAGUUGUAUGAUUUGCCGAGGUUAAGGCUGCAUCGGCUUUUAAACCUCCCAACGAUGGGUACUGUGAAAUUGCUAUGCAGUAUGAAUGUUGUCUAAAAUAAAAGUUGCUUUCUUUGCGCAAGAGAGA